AUGGAAUCUCGUUCGGACUUCGCUCGCAAUGGCGCCCCUGCCCCACCGGAAGGCAUCGCGGAAGCCACCAUCAAAUCCGAGCACGCCAGUGAAAAAGACUGCGACGACAAAAAGGAAGCGGAUGAGGAGGAGCCUGUAAAGGGCAAGGACGAAGAGGUACCAACGAGCACUGCGCAGGCCACUGACUUCCCAGAGGGCGGGUGGAGAGGUUGGGGGACUGUCGCCGGAGCAUUUUUGAUUCAGUUUUGCGGUUUCGGAUACACCGGUUCAUUCGGGGUUUAUCAAGCCUACUACGUCCAGACAUAUCUCGCUAACGAGUCGGCUUCCGCAAUCUCUUGGAUUGGAGGCAUGAAUGCUUUUCUGGUGAUAUCGAGUGGAUUGGUUACAGGGAGACUCUAUGACAAGGGAUACUUUUAUUAUCUCCUCAUCGGCGGAUCAAUAUUAUACUCGUUUUCUCUUUUCAUGCUGUCUCUUGCUCAACCAGACCAUUAUUAUCAGGUAUUCCUUUGCCAAGGGCUGGGCAUGGGCCUUGGUGCGGGGACAGUCUAUGUCUCAAGCGUCGCGGUCGUCUCGCACUACUUCGUGAAGUGGCGUGCACUUGCGAUGACCAUCGUCGCGUCUGGGUCCUCACUGGGCGCUGUUAUCCACCCAAUAAUGCUGAACAAUACCCUUAACGGUUGGCUAGGCUUCGGAAACGCGGUCCGCGCAAGCGCAGGCCUUGUCACCGGCCUACUGCUCAUAGCGUGCCUGCUGAUGCGUCCCCGACUCCCGCCUUCUAAGCAUACCAUCACGAUCGCCCAGGCAGCGAGGAAGUUCUCCCGUGAUCCGGCUUAUAUCUUCGCUACUAUUGGCCUCUCAUUAUUCACGAUUGCUUUUUACUACCCUCUGUUCUACAUCCAACUGGAUGCAUCCGUGCACGGUCUCAGCUCGACGUUCUCGUUCUAUUCCCUGGUUAUUUUGAACAGCGCGAGUUUCGUGGGCCGGCUUGCGCCCGGGUUCCUUGCGCACUCAUUCGGCGUUGCGAACAUGAUUACCAUCGCCGUCCUGGGUUGCUCAAUACUGUUAUUUGUAAUGAUCGCAGUGAAAAGCGUCGCGAGCGUCGUCGUCGUCGGCAUCAUCUACGGUUUCUUUGCAGGGAACUAUAUUACCCUGAUGGCGCCUUUAAUGGCGGUUUUGAGUGAUAACAUGUCCGAAUUAGGUGUCCGUAUGGGUCUUGCGUUCGCCUUCUCUGGCAUUGGAGGUUUGGUCGGAGGGGCUAUUUCGGGCGCACUGCUCACCAGCAAGUACAUAUGGUGGAGGCCCGCGGUCUUCAGUGGAGCCCUUGGGAUGUUUGCCACCGCCAGUUUUGCUGCAAUGACGUUCUGCCUCGCUCGUAAGGCGAGAACUGCCAAGAGGAGACCAGAGGCCGAGCCUUAA